AUGGUGGAAGAAGAUUCUUCUAUUAAAAUCAAAACAAGAUUCUUAGGACAGAUUGUCGUUCAGCAUGCUAAACUUCCUUUAUUAUUAGACUCUUUCAUUUUGCUAUUAAAAGAUGCUUGCAAACAACACACAACUCAGGUAAUUACUGUCAAAUGGAUUGAUGAAGAUGGCGAUCCUGUAUCAAUUGAUUCUCAAAUGGAAUUAGAUGAAGCUGUGAGAAUGCUUCAAGUGAACGGAGAUGCAGAACUUGAUGUCCAUGUUUUUCUUGGCCAACCCUCACUUCCUGGUUUACCUUGUCCAGGAGAAGAUAGGAAUGUUUAUCGUCGUGGUGCACGUCGGUGGAAGAAAUUCUAUCUAUACAAUGGUCACAGGUUCCAAGCCAAAAGACUCAACAGAAGAAUCCACUGUUUCAUAUGUCAUGAUUAUAUUUGGGGAUUAGGUCGUCAAGGAUAUAGAUGUGUAGACUGCAGGUUAUGUGUUCAUAAGAAGUGCCAUAGACUUGUCCGAGAACAUUGUGAACAGAAGCCUCUCGCAGAACAACCACAUCGUCCUCCACCUGCACCAUUACCAUCUGCAUUGCGAGGAGGAUCAGGAGAAAGAAGAUCAACAGUAGGAGUUGAUAACGGUGCAUUCCAGGAAACUGAGAUUGAUGCUUCUGGUUCCCAAGCAGAAGUUUCCCCGAGUGCUACUAGUCGAUGGUCCGUUGGGUUGAAGGACUUUAAACUAUUAACUGUCAUUGGACGAGGAUCCUAUGCUAAGGUUGUGCAAGCAGAGCACAUUCAUACUAAUCAGAUUUAUGCCAUUAAAAUUAUCAAAAAACAAAUGUUCAAUGAAGACGAGGACAUCGAUUGGGUCCAAACGGAGAAGUCUGUAUUCGAAGCUGCAUCCAAUCAUCCAUUCCUUGUAGGAUUGCACUCUUGUUUCCAAACUCGAUCUCGUUUGUUCUUUGUAAUUGAGUUUGUCCCUGGAGGAGAUCUGAUGUAUCAUAUGCAGAGACAGAGGAAGUUGCCAGAAGAUCAUGCCAGAUUCUAUUCUGCUGAGAUCAUUUUGGCCUUGCAUUUCUUACAUUCACGUGGAAUCAUAUAUCGAGAUCUUAAACUUGAUAAUGUUUUGAUAGAUGCUGAUGGACACAUCAAAUUAACGGACUAUGGAAUGUGCAAGGAAAACAUUGGUCCUGGAGAUGUCACUUCCACUUUCUGCGGUACACCCAAUUACAUCGCUCCUGAAAUUCUUCGUGGUGAGGAUUAUGGUUUCAGUGUAGAUUGGUGGGCUCUUGGAGUUUUGAUGUAUGAAAUGAUGGCAGGAAGGUCACCUUUCGAUAUUGUUGGAAUGACAGGUGAUUCCGAGCAGAACACCGAAGACUUCCUGUUCCAAAUUAUUUUGGAAAAGCAAAUCCGUAUACCUAGGAGUUUAUCUGUCAAGGCCGCUCAGGUCUUGAAGCAGUUUUUGAAUAAGGACCCCUUAGAGCGACUUGGUUGUAAGGUGGACAUAGAAGAAGGCUUCAAUGACAUGAAAGAACAUCCAUUCUUCAAGAAUUCCAUUGAUUGGGAAUCCCUUGAAUUGAGGCAAGUUCCUCCACCUUACAACCCAUCUGUACAAUCUGAUCGGGAUUUGCAACAUUUCGAUUCCACUUUCACGGAAGAAGCCCCAGCCUUAACGCCUGAUGACCCAAGCGUGAUAGACAAAAUCGAUCAAAGCGAAUUCGAUGGAUUCGAAUACGUGAAUCCCUUACAAAUGAGUAAAGAAGAUUCCGUUUAA